AGGGGAGUGGAAAGUAUCACUCGCGUAUGUUGCAUCCUCUGGCUCUCAGCUUCUCUUCAGUACAGAUAGCGUCCAAUCUGCCGAUGCAAUCAUGGUGUUCCGAUUUUACGCUACUCUAAACCAAGUGGUGAAGACGUACGCAAGGAGUAGUUGCCCCUUCCCUGGCCAAUUAGGUAAAGCUUGAUUAGCUAGCAACUAGUGUCCGGUUGGUUGGUUGGUUGUAUCUGCUAGAAACCUGGCUGAGCGCGGAUGGCAGUGUUUUUUCAUCGAUUGUGACGAAACUUGUACGAGGUGUGUUAUCUCAUUUGUCAUCAGUGAUACACCCUCAGAAAAUUCAGUUGACAGACGAUUAUUGCAAUUAUUUUCACUAAACUGGAGCUGUCGCAUCAUGUGUGAACAUCUUACUUCGUUUUUUUACAAGUAAAUGCUUCCAUGUGUAUUGGGUCUUUGACUUUUAAUGGCUUCGAAGAAAUCCCGUCAAAAUUGAUUGUUUGUGGAGAAGUUAAAGCCGUAAGAAAUCAAAGUACAAUUAUUUUGCGGAAGCAGUUGCAACUAGAUCAAAGCUUGCACACAGCCUUACUUAUUUGAAAGUUCUUCCAUUUCUCAAACUCCGUUAAAAUAUUCAUCAAGAAGCACAAUUUUUAUCUUGUUAUCAAUUUUGAACUGUUUUUUGAUUCUUGUUAAAAGGUACUGUCGUUUUAAAUUACUGUGAGCUGUUUUGGAAACGUUGUGUGCGUUGCACACUAUUGUUACAUAUAAUUUUCUACUUUGUGAGAUGUCCUUUUCGUGAAUAUUUGAUGCCUUGUAUUCUUAAUUUUUGUGAUUGUCUUAAAGAUGCGUGUAAUAAUAUGAUGACAAACCUCAGAACGCCAUAUUAUCGUCACGUAUAAGAAACUAAAUAUCUUCAUCUGAUUAUUAUCUCAUGGAUAUGAAAUGUUCCAUUACUUACAACGGCUAGAUUGUAGAUUAUCUUCAGUCAAAGCAGCUUUUGCUGAAAGCAUCAAUGCUUAAUAACUUUUCAGCAAUGUUUUAGAGAAUAAAAAUAUCUGAUUAUAGUUAACUGAAAAAGGAUCGUCAUCUACUAUGUAACGCGAGAAUAUACUUCCAUGAUGGGAAGAAAAAGGAAGAGUUUAUCUGACGAUACUCUCGUCAAAUCUGUGUGAAAGAUGCGAGUCAGAUGUCAAAUUCCAUCGAACGUGGCUGCUGCUUCAAUUUUCAGGGUGUGACUGUAAGCCCGGAAGUAGUAAUUCUGAUGUCGCAAUAUUCGUUUUUUCUACAUUCUUUCGAGGAGACAGUUGUCAUUAUGACCCUCAGUAGCCUUGGGCUCGAGAUCACGUGAUUCUAUGUAUCCAUCUAGCCGCGACGGUCUUGCUGCAGGGUUCCAUGGGGGUCCUGUGGGUCCACCUUUCUCGACCAAACCACCUAUUCGACGCGAUGUGGAAGUGCUGAGUAAUUGGUUGGCUAGUCUUCAUUUUGAGGAGUAUACUCCGUUGUUCCUGCUGGCAGGUUACGACAUGCCAACCAUUACACGUAUGACCCCAGAAGAUCUCACUGCUAUUGGCAUCACGAAACCUAACCACCGAAGGAAGUUGAAAGCUGAAAUAGCAAAAUUAAAUAUUUCAGAUGGCAUUCCAGAAUAUAAACCAGAUUCUUUAUUGGAGUGGUUGCAGUUAUUACGCCUUGAGGAAUAUUUUGAUACCCUGUGCCAACAGAAUUAUAAUACAGUUGACAAAGUAACUGAAUUAACAUGGGAAGAUUUGGAAGAUAUUGGCAUUCAAAAAUUAGGUCACCAAAAGAAGAUUUUAUUGGCUAUCAAAAGAAUUGAAGAUAUAAAUCAAGGACGUCGCCCAAAUUUGUAUCCUCAGUGUAGCAGUCAAAAUCGUAAUGAUGCUGUUGGUUGCGGUCCGGCAGCUUUUACUCGUCCCUCUACUUUAAGUGAUGUUCAGCCUUUUCAUUAUCCAAGUCAAGAAGUAGCAAUAUCUACUCAUCGUCCAAAGAGUUCCCCGUCCACAGAUUCCAUCCCUGAAAUGAAAACAUUUCAGCAGUCACCGUUACGGGAGGAAAGCCUUUUUUUGCAAGCUGUUCAUAAUUCUGCUCAGAACAUUGCAGUUUCUCAGCACCACAAUGGUAGUCUUAAUCCAGUAUUAUCCCCAACAAGGGGACGAUCAUUGGAAAGCCUCAAUUCAGAAAAUAUAGUCACAACAGUUAGUUCUGCUCCCUCUGCAGUUAUAUCUUAUACUCCAGUAACACAAGCAUUGUCUGUGGAGCAUCCUAAAAAUCCAAUGAAAGACUGGAGAGUUACAGAUUUAGAUCAAGACUAUGAGUAUGAGUGUGAAGGAACAGCUACUUUAAACCGCCCAAAAGGUCUUGUAAGGUUAAGACCAAUGGCAAAAAUACCAGCCAAGACACGUGAAGAAAUUGCUGAAGCUAUUAUGGAUAUACCAGAUAGUGAAUUUAAAUCUCUUAUAAAUCAAAGUCGAACUUUAGAUGGCUGGGCGAGCCUUGAUGGUUCACCAAGACAUGGACCUGCAACAGUACCCCGAAGUGCAACAUUGAAAAGAGCUCCACCUCCACCACCACCUAAACGGAGUAAUUCUACAAAAGGAGAAAGACCUUCUGUUGGGGUUAAAAAGGAAGAUCACCCUAAUGUUGCACCAUUAAAAGUAGUUUCCAAAGAAUCUGUGUGUGCAGAAGACUUUCCCCCUCCUCCUUCACCUCUUCCUUCAGCAGUUGAUGAGAAAUCUAAUAAGAGUGUAAUGGAAAAGCAAGAGCCUAUGGAUGAAUUGUUUAACAAUCCAUUGUUCAAACAGCGACGGAAAGACUCGGCAGAAUCAUCUUCCAGUGUAGAUUCAUCUGCUUUACCAUUUGCAAAUGAAACAGUUGGCACAAUAAAACAAAAAGCAACAAGACCGUAUCCUGCUCUCUCAUCAGAAACCUCACACACAACAAAUCAACAGAAAGGAAUUACUGCAACAAAAGGAAAAAGUUCUGCUGAAAACAGCAUUCAGAAUGAGCAUGAAUAUGAUAUGACUCCAGAAGUAAUGUCCCCUGGAGAUGUAAUUGAUGAUAUUGAAAACAUGUUAGCGAAUCUUUCAGACCAGUUAGAUGCCAUGCUGGAUGAUGAACACGUCCAGAAAUAAUUGUACAAUUUAUUUCAUGCAUAUAUAUAAUGAAAGGACAUCUUGCACAACUUUAUUUCAUGGCUGCCUGGUGCAGCAUGUGUGUGAGAAGUGUAUGAACAUUUCAAGAUAUGAUUGCUCUUCUAUUAUGCAGUCAUAUUUUGUAUUCAAGGAAAACAAAUACUAGCUGACUCUUAGUCAUAAAACAGUGUGUAAUAUAAAUAAAACAAAACAUUUUAAAGCAGGAACUUGGAAGUGUUUUUAUACUAAGAAGAAAAGAAAAAUACUCUUUACAGAGUGGAAUCAUCUCAUUAUAUAUGUACAGUAUGUCCAGACAACCAGUUAUGUCUAGCAAAUUGAAGUUCCUCAGUUCUUUAUGAAUACUCUCUUCAAUUAAGUACUCUUGAACACAACAGAUGAAAGAAAAAUGCGUAGUUCUAUUCUACCUGUCUCUACACCCAGCCCAUGUGUGCACAUGUUGAAUAUUUUCUUAAAUUUUCAAUCUGAAACCAUGAAAUAGUCAAAUAUAGAGAGCAUAUAUAGUGUUCUUUGUUACAAAAUGCUGAAACAAGUUAGGAAAUUCUCUAAAAAUUAAAGGGGAGCAGGAAAAAGUCCAUUCCAGCCCAAAAAUUCCUCUAUGCAUAAAUAGUUCUCCGAGUCAUUACCAUGAUAAUAUUUGAACAAGUCAGUCAGUAAUGAAGGAAAAAUCAAGUUAUAUUCCUUUGGCAGGUUUCCUUGUUUAGAGACCAGAACAGGAAUUAUCUGAUCUGAAAAUAUGCAGUUCUUUUUAUCUUCUUAAUUAUUUUUAUGGGUAAAUAUAAGAAAUGAAAGGCAUUCUGUUUUAAUUAUGUAUAUGACAACAUAGUAAAUUCUAAAAAAGUUGUAAAAAUUAAAAGAAAUAUGUUGGGGGAAAAAAUAUACUCAUCGGCUAUAGUAAAAAAAGUAUUAAGCCAAUAAAGGAAGAAAAAUAAUUUAGCAAUUUUUUGUUUGUGUGUUUGUUUACUCUGCUAAUUUGUCAAAUGACUUGAAAAGUAGUUUUAUGUUUAAAAGAGCAGCAAUUAAAGUAAGUGCUUAUUGUUUUGAGUAUGUUUACUUUUUAACAUUGUGCAUACGAAAUUCGAAAAUAUAUAAGUGCUGAUAUGACAUGUGUAAUACGAAUUAAGUGCACUAGGACAUGUAAUUAAUUAAAAAUAGCUAUACUUUUCCCAUCAUGUCUUCAUCUCAGAGUUAGUUGCCAUGGUCAGUAUUGUAAUUAACAAAGAAACUGUUGUAUCUUUAAAGGUAUAUGGAUGUUUGUAAUUUUAUAUUCCUUUUUUGUAAUGGUCUAAAAGCAGUUACCCCUGGGUUUGUAUCCUGACCACAUCCUCUGUGAUGAAGUAGCUAAAUGACCUGGGAGUUUGCCUUGCAUCAGAUAUUUAGGCUGUUAGAUGGGAAAAUGAAAUCUAAAAAUAUAACAUGCUAUUUAGAGGAAGACCAAAAAGCAAUUUAUUUAAUGAAAGAAAGAUCUGCAAAUUUGGCUAUUUUCAUGGUUCCUGAAAAUAAUACUGGGUAUUACUAGCAUAAUAUUACUGUCAUUAACAGUUACACCUAAUUUAGGAGCCUUAUUGCAAAUGUAUAAUAUAUGUUUUUUACUUUUCACUUUGAAAUAUAGUUUUUUUAUACCACUUUGUCUUUUUUGGAUCCUAUACAUUCUUUCAGCAAGUCCAUAAUUAUGUCUGUUAGUAAAAACAUUUAUGAGAUUUAUAUAUUUUGUAUCAAUUCUGAUUACAUUAAUAAAACAUUUUUAGCAUGCUUUUUGCAUAUACUGUACAAAAAAAGAUUACAACUGUAAUUUGACAAUCUUCUGUGCAUUUAAAGCUUUCACUGUGUUUUGUAUCUUUUAUUUUGCUGAUUGAAACAAUACUUUAUGAUGUAAGUAGUUAUCCUAAAGGAAUGUGCCAAACUAAACUUUUCAUGUUAUUGUAGCUAUAAAAAAAAUAACCUAAAGUUUUGUUAGAUUUAAAAAAAAAAAUAGAAGCUGAGGUGUCACUAGAAAUAUGCAACUUCAAAUUUUAUUCAUUUUUUAUGUUAUCAUGCAACUAAGUUACAUAUAUAUAUAGAGAGAGAAAUAAAUAUAUCAGGUAUCAUACACAGAUGUGGUUUACUUAGUACAAAAACAUAAUUAGAAAUGGUUAAAUAUAAUGUAAAUAUUUUUUUUUUAUAAAAGCAAGAGUAAAUUGUUGCAGUUUAAUGUUCCAAGAAGAUUUUUUUACAUUGCAUUAUAUACUUAAUACUAGUCAUUACAAUGGACAAGCAUUAAACUUAAAAUAGAAGUUUAAUACAAAAGCAAAAAGGGUGUAAUCCCUCUCUUAAAAAAAUUAAAAAAAUUUUUAAGAAAUUACUUUUUAAAGAUAAUGGAGUUUAAUUUUAUCUUUAAAAAAAUUUUUUUAUGCUCUUGGAGUUGUUUUUGGCUUCUAUAUGAUAUUUAAUAAACUUCCAACAGUACUUAAGACUGUAUACAAUCCCUGAAGCAAGAAAUACCACAACUGUACUAAUAUUCUACUACAUUAGUUGCUAUGAAAAUAGGUACUUAAAUUAUGUGUACUAACAUAAUUUUUAUUUAUUGCUAUUUUCAUAAAAAAUAAUUUAAAAUUCAAAAUGUUGGUGUGGUUUCAGGUUGAAGGUACAUUUCACAAAACAUAAUGAGAGUCUUUUCAAGUAUAAAUACUCACUUAUAUCAAGAGAUAAUAUGUGUAUAGUAUAUUAUUGUUUUUUCUGUAGUAAAAGUUAAAAGUAUAAUGUACUAUGGGAACAAUAAAAUUUAAUUAUACUCAAAA